CUACUGUUGAUGUCUGCACAAUAAUUCCUAACAAAUCCACGUGCAUUCACGUACCUGUUCCCGCAGCUCUACUUUUAUGUUUCCUUCUCUAUAAUAUGUGUAAAUAAGGAAGAAUGACUCAAAAAAUCAUAGAGAUAAAAAUCCAUCAAUGAUUGCAUAUGUGCACAAAAGACAGCCCAUCAGACUAAUGUGAUAAGACUAAUGACGGCUCCCUGAUCAAACAAUCCAGAUGAUAUAAAGCUCUUGAGAUGCUUCUGCGAAUGAACUAAUCAGGAUGCAGCCUUUCGGCAGACACUAUGUGGUGGUCAGGCCUCUGUUUUCAGAGGAUUCAUUCGCAGAGCAACAUGAGAGGAUCAACAGAAAGCGCAAAACACUACGUCACCAUCUCAAAGACUAUUUCAGUUGUGAUGCGAAACGUGCAAAGAAUGCAGCUCUUUCGCUUUUUCCAUUCAUUGGAUGGAUGAAGGACUACAAAAUCAAAGAAUGGCUACUAGGUGAUAUUGUUUCAGGCAUCAGCACAGGACUAGUGGCAGUGCUACAAGGACUUGCAUUUUCUUUGCUGGCCUCUUUACCUCCGGGAUAUGGACUAUAUACUGCAUUCUUCCCUGCUAUAAUCUACUUCUUUUUGGGCACCUCAAGACACCUGUCAGUGGGGGCUUUUCCAAUUCUGAGUCUAAUGGUGGGUGCUGUUGUGACACGACUAGUGCCUGAUGAGGGACCCUCGUUCAACAUCACUGGAUUUGAAGGGUUGAGCCUGGAGCAACAGAGAGUUCUAGUUGCUUCCUCUGUUACUUUUCUCAUGGGUGCAUUUCAGCUUGUAAUGGGGCUGCUGCAGGUUGGCUUCAUAGUCAUGUAUCUGUCAGAAACUCUGGUGUCUGGAUUCACCACCGCAGCCGCUGUUCACAUUUUGGUUUCCCAGCUCAGGUUUGUGCUGGGCCUGGAUUUUCCAGGUAUAAACGGGCCACUUGCUAUCAUAUAUACUUUGGUAGAAGUUUUUAGCCGAAUCACUAGCACAAAUGUGGCUGACCUGGUCACAUCUAUUGCAAUCAUGGCACUGGUGCUUAUUGUGAAGGAGAUCAAUGACAGAUUCAAGUCUAAACUACCUGUGCCGAUACCUAUAGAAGUCAUCAUGACUGUUAUCGCUUGCGGAGUCUCUUAUGCAUUCAACUUUGAAGAACGAUUUGACGUGGUCAUUGUUGGGGAGAUGGUGAAUGGAUAUGAAUCUCCAGUUGCUCCAAACCUGGAAGUCAUUGAGGAGACUGCAGUGGAGGCUUUCCCUAUGGCCAUAGUAGGAUUUGCUGUGGCUUUCUCAGUAGCUAAAGUCUACUCUGUCAAACAUGACUACACGAUUGACGGAAACCAGGAGCUCAUUGCCUUUGGAGUGAGCAACAUGUUUGGAGCAUCUUUCCGCUCAUUCGCCGCAAGCACAGCACUUUCUAGGACAGCCAUACAGGAGAGUACAGGAGGAAAGACGCAGAUAGCGGGAAUCCUUUCAGCCAUGAUGGUAUUGAUUGUGAUCGUCGGAGUAGGAUUUCUACUCGAGCCACUACCCAGGUCUGUUCUGGGCGCUCUGGUCAUCGUCAAUCUGAAAGGCAUGCUGAUGCAGUUCAGUGAGCUGCCGUUUCUAUGGAGGAAUGACAGGCCGGAUUUUGUGACCUGGAUGGUGACCUUCAUGGCGUCUCUGUUUCUGGGUUUGGAUCUGGGUUUGGCUGUGGGUAUCGGGGCAGAAUUGUUCACUGUGGUCUACAGGACUCAAUUCCCACGUUGUUCUGUCCUGGCCAAUAUUUCAGGAACUGACCUCUAUAGGGAUCGUAAAGACUACACAUCUAUUCAGAUUUACGAACCUGACGGUGUUAAAAUAUUUAAAAUUCCCUCACCCAUCUUCUUUGCUAACAUCGAUUUCUUUAGAGAUAAACUGGUUCAGGAAGUAGGUUUUAAUCCAAUGAGAGUGCUGAAGAAAAGAAACAAAGCCUUGCGAAAGAUCAGAAAAAUGUUGUGCAAUGGAGAACUGGAGGUGUCAGAUAGAGGCCCUGUACUGAGACAGCCAUCAGUUGACACAUCAGAAGGCAGUAUGGAGGAUCUUGACCAGCCCAUAGACUUCUCAGAUCUCCCAAUCCAGGUGAACUGGAACUCGCAACUGCCUGCCAACAUCUCCGUCCCUCCUGUCAACAUACACAGUUUAAUCCUGGAUUUCUGUGCAGUCUCCUUCAUCGAUGUAUCUGCACUCAAGGGUCUGAAAGCGACCUUGAAAGAGUUUAUACGAAUUGAGGUGGACGUCUACAUAGUUUCAUGUGAUGUGUACAUCAUGGAGAAGCUUCAGCAUUGUACAUUUUUUGAUGACGAAAUUAAGACUUCAAUCUUUUAUCCCACACUUCAUGAUGCCAUGUUGCACAUUCUGGAGACACAUCCAGAUCAUGGAGAACUAGAAAAGGAUAUAAACAUAAACUAUGAAGUCAUCCAGAGAGACAGUUUAACUGUGUGAUGAGGAACAGAAAACCCUGCUGAAAUACUGAGGAUUUUACUACACAUUAUAAAAACACUUAUUUCAGUCUGGCUAUGUAAUGUUUAACUUCACAGCAGCAGCAUUGUUAUCAUGUUUACUGGUAAGUGGACUUAACGUUAGAGCAAACGAAUUCAGCUUGUUUGGGAUUUAAUGACAGGUGGACAAACAAUCAGACAUUUUUCAUAUUAUGAACAUAAAUAUAACGUUAAUUUCUUACCUUUUAAGCAAAGUCUACCCAUAGAGGUUAUCCUAGUCCUUUGGGAAGACAGAAAAUAAAUGUAAACAAGCGGUAAUUUAGUUUUUAUAGCAAGAAACGUGUUUUCAAGACCUCACUAACUAGCGUGCUAGUAUGCUAAUUCCGACUCAAUGAAGACAAUCGAUCACGUACCAAUCAUAGGCUAACGUUACUUACCGAAUUAAUAAAUCUGCUCGUUUGCAGUCCACACCAUAUUUACUAAAGAAACAAAACCAUGUUGCAGUGUUUAUGUUACUUCCUGUAUUUAAAUAUUUAUGUACUUUAUUGUGUCAAGUGUAUGCAUUCAUGACCUACUUGUCUCUCCGGGGAGAACUUUGCACGUUUAUAAGCUGCGUCCUGCAUAUAUUAAUGUUGUAAUAAACUUUUUAAAAACCUGUGAUGUAAAUUAAUGUAUUUUAAAAUGAAUGCUUGUUUAAUAAAACGUUUAAAAAUG